GACAAUUGUAUGCAACGUUCUAGUCAUGCUCUACCGGAACGACACCUUUCCGGGGAGGCUUUUGCUCACAUCCAAUGCCAUCCUAACGAGGUUUACACUAUGGUGACUUUCAAACCUUGACACAAGACAAGACGCUAAAACAUCAAUAAGGAUAGUCAAGUUUCCUCCCAAGAAAGCUGAAGCCAUUAUAAAUAUGACCGAGCAGCGUUCCUCCAUAGCACAACUAACAAUUUCUACCUCAGCACCAAAAUCACCUACAAAGCGUUGCAUCAAUACACAAAAUACAGCAUGGAGGGAUUCCCAGAUACCAAGCAUAUGGUCAAAACAAUUCACAAGAAAGAGUAUCCCGCCAUAUCUCCUCUCAAUCCUGCAAAUACGGCAGCAAACAAGACCGUCUUCAUCACAGGUGGAGGCACAGGAAUUGGCUAUGCCAUUGCGCGCGGAUUCGCGCUUGCUGGUGCCUCGACCAUAAUCAUCACCGGUCGUAGAGCCAAUGUGCUUGAGGCAAGCGCAAAAAGACUGUCCGAAGAGAUACCCUCGGCCCAGGUUCUAGGCUACCCAUUGGACAUCUCAGAUAGCGAAGCUGUCGAUGGCACUUUCGCCGAGGUGACGAAAAACCUCGAGCCCGGAAAGAAAAUUGACAUCCUCGUCCUAUGUGCCGCGCAGGGCCUACCAGCCGGCAAGGCCCUCUCGUUUUCAACCUCUCAGAUCCGCGCUUUUACGGAUACAAACAUCCUAGGCAACAUCAACAUCGUACGCGCCUUCCUGAAUACCACGGACACGUCGGAUGCAGUGAUCCUCGAGGUCGCGAGCAACGCCGCCCACAUGGUCUACCCGGGUAUGGCUUUGUACAGCAUCACCAAGGGCGCUUUCACAUCAUUCUUGCGCCACAUUGUCGCUGAGUACCACGGAACGGGGCUUCGUGUGCACAGCUUCAACCCAGGAAGCGUGCUAACGGAUCCCGCGAAGGAGGCAGGCAUGGAUGAGAAUAGCUUGCCGUGGGAUGAUGCUAGCUUACCAGCAGGAUUUGGGGUGUGGUUAGCGAGUCCGCAAGCAGCUUUCUUGCACGGACGCUUUGUUAUGAGUGCCUGGGAUGUAGACGAGCUGAGCAAGAUGAAGAAGCAGUAUCUGGAUGAUGAAGACCUGGGAAAGAUUGUACUUAAAAUCAAGCCUGACCUUGUGUUUGGAUAGCUAUUCAAGCGAGGUCUAGGAUGCAGUUGUUAUGUGUUGUAUCACUAUACACAGGCGCUUGUCUAAUUUUGAAUAAGAACCUCCUGUUC